AGGAUUUUAUUGGAAGCUUUUGGGAAGUUGACAGAAUUAUAACGACGGCGGGAGGAACAAGUGCCACGGAGGGUAAGAGACUCUAGGCGGCUGGAACCAGCAUCAAGGUUCUAGAAAGCGCCCCACCACCAGUUUUGGAAUCUGGACAGCAGGAAUACGCUGUCACCAGAGACGGGCCACUUCUCCAGUAAAUCACCUCCUUCCGGUGGUGAGGUGAAAGCGACUAGCUGUCAAUCAUCGCCGGGGACGGACCUCACGCCACCACUCUGCAGCCUUCCGCCGCGGGCUUUAGGACCCUGUAGUCGGAAGGAGGCUUGGCGGAAGGACUUCUAGAGGUCGUCGCGCACACAUGACAUAAGCAGCCCGCGCCUGCAGAGGUGAGGGCGCCAGGCCCGCGGAGAAGCACGUUGCCCGCCUGCUUCAGUUCUCAAGCACUAUGGCGGCCCCCGUCCAGCAGCCUCUUCAGCCUGGUGGCGGGAAGCGCAAGGGCAAGGCUCAGUACCUGCAGGCCAAGCGGGCUCGGCGCUGCGAAGGCGGCGGGCCCCGGCAGUUGGAGCCGGGGCUACAGGGCAUUCUCAUCACCUGCAACAUGAAUGAGCGCAAGUGUGUGGAGGAGGCCUACAGUCUGCUCAACGAAUACGGCGACGACAUGUACGGGCCAGAAAAGUUUUCAGACAAGGAUCAGCAACCCUCAGGGAGUGAGGGAGAAGACGAUGAUGAUGUGGAGGCUGCCUUGAAGAAAGAAGUUGGUGACAUUAAGGCAUCCACAGAGAUGAGGUUAAGAAGAUUCCAGUCAGUGGAGAGUGGAGCAAAUAAUGUCGUCUUCAUCAGGACUCUUGGCAUAGAACCUGAGAAAUUAGUGCAUCAUAUUCUCCAAGAUAUGUACAAAACCAAGAAGAAGAAGACUCGAGUUAUUCUACGAAUGUUACCCAUCUCAGGCACAUGCAAGGCUUUCUUAGAAGAUAUGAAAAAAUACGCAGAAACAUUUUUGGAACCUUGGUUUAAAGCUCCAAACAAAGGAACAUUUCAGAUUGUAUACAAAUCUCGGAAUAAUAGUCAUAUGAAUAGAGAAGAAGUUAUCAAAGAAUUGGCAGGAAUAGUAGGCAGCCUUAAUUCGGAAAAUAAAGUGGAUCUUACCAAUCCACAGUACACCGUGGUAGUAGAAAUCAUUAAAGCUGUCUGCUGCCUGAGUGUUGUGAAGGAUUACACGUUGCUCAGAAAAUACAAUCUCCAGGAAGUGGUGAAGAGUGCCAAGGACUCAUCACAGCUUAACCCGAAGCAGGCAGCACAAGCAGGAAAUGGUAAAGAAGCUAAAUUGGAGUCUGGUGACAAAUCAAAUCAAAAUGACCCAGCAGAAGGAAAAAAUAACCAACAGAUGGUGCCAGAGAAGAGUGAGGAGCUGGAUCACACAGAACCAACAUCUGAGACACAGGUGAGAAGUGUUGAUAUAAGAAACCUGGAGAUGAACCGAAGAAAGUUGUGAAUAAUGCUACAAAAAUAGUUAAAGAUCCAUUUAUGUAAGAGUGUUACAAAACAGCAACAAGCAACAACAGGAGUUCCCAUCGUGGCUCAGUGGUUAACGAAUCUGACUAGGAACCAUGAGGCUGCAGAUUUGAUCCCUGACCUCACUCAUCAGGUUAAGGAUCCAGCGUUGCCAUGAGUUGAGGUGUAGGUCGCAGACUCAGCUCGGAUCCCACGUUGCUGUACACCUAGCCUGGGAACCUCCAUAUGCCACAGGUGCGGCCCUAGAAAAGACCAAAAAAAAAAAAAAAACCCAACAACAACAAAAGCUGAACAAAGAGCACAUAUAUCUCCUACAUGCAGAAAUCCAGUUACUUAUCAAAGGAAGCGUUCUCCACAGGCAUAUUUGAAUUGAAAGGUGAAUUGCCAGAGUACUUAGAAGAAAAUACUAGGCCAAAUUUUCCUGAAUGCUUUGAAGACAAAGAAUGGCUAUAGAAUCUUGUCUGUUUAGCAGACAUUUUAAAUUGUAUGAACAGCUGGACAGUUUCUGCAAGGGCCUGGAGAAAAUAUUUUUCCCUAAAAGUGACAAGAAUCUUAGAUGAAAAGAAACUGACUCUUUGUAAUAAUUACAUUGGGAAAGGCACUCUUGAAAUGUUUUUGCAGCCCCCUGGGUUUAAGAAUGAAGAAAGCAACGUGUCUCAAGCCUUAUGUAAAAUCUUCUUGAAGAACUGCAAAACCAAAUUAGAUAGCAUUUCACCCCCUUUUUUCCCAAUACCGGUGUGUGACUGGGUGAGGAACCCUUUCUCAAAAUUUCAGCCUGAGGUUUUUGUUUUUGAGAAGAGGAAGAACUCUUGAGAGUCCUAGUCUGACAGUCGUGGAUUUCUCUGAAACCAGAAUUGCUUAUUGUUGACACUCACAUAUGUUGAUGGUUCCCUUAACUUCAAUGUUUUUUUUAAGGGUUCCUCCAGGGUAAAAUUACUAAACAAGGUGGAAGAGACAGACACUGUGGAAACUAAUGGAAAAAAGCUGGAAGAGGGCUUCAAAAUAAACUGUCUGGAUUGAGAAUACUAUGGGGUUGUGAAAUUAGCUUGUGGAGUUGGAUAUAUUCUUAAGUUUUAAAAAUUUUAGUAGUGGUGGUUCUUCCUGCACCAAUGGCUAUAUUUGUUUAUUGGCAAGUGAACAUAGAAAUAUAUUUUUAUCCUCCUAGCUAGCGUUCCUGCUAAGUCAGACUAGAAGGAUUUGGGAAGGGCAAAGAUAAUUGAAAGGGCCUUGCUAAUUAGCAGAUGAGGCUGGAACUUCCUUAUAUAUCUUUAGCUAUUUAGAAUGUUAACUCCUAACAGGUGGAGGUCAUCUUGGAAGGAUGAUGAUAAGAGCCUUGUCAGUAUCAUUGAGGGAACAUGGAUGAUAGGAUUUUGUGCCUUCAUCAGACUUUUUCCAAGACAAAGAUAAUUUUAUUUUGAUAGUAUAAGACUCUGGGACUCUGGGAAUAAGUUGGCCACAUGCUUUAGGACAUAGAGCUCUAUGGAACUGAGUUCCUUUUAUUUUGUGAAAGCUGCUACUCUAUGGAAAGACUUCGAUUUAGUAGUUUGUUUUUAAUCCCCUUUUAUAUUCCUAUUUGUUAAGACCUGAUCUGAGUAUGACAAAAGCUAUUCCUCCCCAAAUAUAAGUAGUCUUGUGUUCUGUUGGAAUCUUUCAUUCAUUGAAAGAUUUGUUUUCAGGUUUACCAACUGCUUAUUUUCACUGACAUUUGACCAUUAUUAUAGAUAUAUUUUUUAAGUGAUAAGAUUCCAGGUGGGAAUUGAGUGCUUUUUGUCCUUUUAAUUUUUAUUUUAGAAGUGAUAUCAGUUUGGGAGUUCCCAUUGUGGCAUAGCAGAAACAAAUCCAACUAGUUAUCCAUGAGGACGUGGGUUGGAUCCCUGGCCUUGCUCAGUAGGUUAAAGAUCCAGUGUUGCUGUGAGCUGUGGUGUAGGUCGCAGACACGGCUGGGACCCUGUUUUACAGUGGCUGUGGUAUAGGCCAGAAGCUGAAACUCUUGAUUUGACCCCUAGCCUAGGAACUUCCAUAUGUCUCAAGUGUGGCCCUGAAAAAGAAAGGAAAAAAAAAAUUAUGUCAGUUAAAAAAACUCCACUUCAGGGUUAUGGUUUAGUAAACUUGUUUUGCUCUGUGGAGGAAAGAAUGUUAAAUUUGAUAAUUUUAAAACAUGUUUCUCUAAGGUUAAACAUGAUUUAUAAAUGUUAUUUUCACUUGUAUGUUGCUUUUGUUAUGGCCAAAUAUUCAACUUGUUUUUCAUAGUUCUGAUGUUUUCAGAAAAAUUAAAAUAAAUUUGUUCCCCAAGA